AUGCCUUACCCCGCUCUCCUCGUUGACCUCACUCUUUCUCUACUGCUCGACACCUUCCCUCCUCUUACACACAUUACUCUGAUCCCCUUCCUCUACCUUCUCCAGCGCUUCUACAGCAAACUGACAUCCACCACUUCCUCAAUCAUGGACAACCCCAAGCCUUCUUCCUCCAUGCUGGGUGCACUCCGCUCGCCGUCGGUGAUUCUUCGCCACCAGCGCUCUGCGUCUGCCGGCGACAUCCACAACUCGUCUCCUCUCAAGUGUGAAUCAGUCCAAGACAUCCCUCAUGCCGACACCUCGGAGGACCUCUCGGACCUCAUGCCCCUUCUCCCCGCCUCCGUCCGCAACUCGACGCCCAUGUCGUUCAAGUACCUCUCAUCCGUCUCUGAUGUCAAGCUCGAGGAUGACGAUCCGUUCUCGACUCCUGUUCACACGGACUCGUCGGGUGACCGCUCCCUUAACACUCCCUCGACUGCUCCCCAGAGCACCAGCUCCAUGGAGAUCUUCCUUGGUCCCCAGCCUCUUCCCUUCAUUCACCACCGUCGCCGUCUACUCCUUGAGGAGUACAACCCGUCUCCCUGCCGCACCAAGGGUGUCGAACAGCCUCCCCUCAAAACUCACAAGGGAAUUGCCAUUGUCCCCGGCCAGGCAGGUGAUACGAACAUGCAGCACCAGGACACCGCUCUUGGUCAGCCGGUUCUCUCCAAGUGGCGCACGGGACAGCUCAAGAAGCCCAAGAACAUUCAACCCGUCGCUAGCGCUCGUGAGCGCCCCGUCCCUCUGCUCCAUGGUCCUCUCUCGCUCCCCUAUGCUCGCAAUCCGAGCGGUGUUGAUGCUACCGUUGCCGACCAGAGCGCCUACCUUUCUCAUGUCUUUGGUCUCCGUAUCUCCAAUUCGCCUGGCGGCAAGUCUUCGGUCAAGGGCUCGACUGGACCUCGCUCUCGCAACGCCUCUGACUCGACUACCGCUCGUACCGUUUCGAGUUCGAGCUAUGUCUCGAGUGGCGCCACGAGCGACAACACCGCUGCCUCUGGGAUCUCUUACGCUAGCUCCAGCAGGCGUCCCAUCGUUGUCAGGGACCACAACCAGGUCAUUGGCAUCAAGAAGGAUGUUCUUCUUCCUCCUCCCGAGCCUACUGUUGCCGACCCUGUUCAUUAUGCCAAGGCCAACGAGGCUCUCAAGUUUGUGGACGGCCGUUCCCGUCUCGGUCUUGGCCAGCCUCUCAUGCCUAUCGCUGGUUCUCCUUCCAAGACUAUGCAGCGUUACGACGAAGCCAUUCACUCUGCCAGCGCUCCCAUGUGGACACCGGGAAAGCCCGAGUUUAAGACUAUGACUCUUGUGGACCCGACCACCAACCAGGCUUACACUGUGCGUGUCGUUCAACAGGGCGAGAGCGAGUCCCGUGUUGUCUCUGGCGAUUCGACCCUUUCCAGCAAGCUCGGUAUCCCUGCUCACGCCUCGAGCAAGGCCGACGCCAGCAUCAACUGGCGCAACAAGUCUUCCAAGCCUUUCCCCCUCCACCCAAGCCCCAUCUUUGCUGUUCCCCCUCCAUCGGCCAACAGUUCGCCUCCCAAUGUUCUUUCCGGUGCUCCUGUUCUCACGGUCGAGCAUCUCUACGAGAAGUUUGGACACAAGAAGAACGAGGCGCUCGAGAACAUGUCACCCGCCAUGUCUUCUCGCAAGGGCGACAUCGAUACUACUAAAUCCACUACCCAGACUCCGUCCAAGACGCUCUCUGAGAGUACGGGAGGCAAGGUCAAUAUCCAGGAACCGAUCAAGGCUUCCUCGCGCCGCCGCGGCCGCUCGGGCGCUUCCAAGGCGCACACCAAGACCGACUCGGCGACGAACGCCAAAGGCACCCCAGGCGCCGGCAAGCACCUGAAGCGCUCGCAUGACGAGGAAAACACUGUUCCCAAGUCGGUGGCCUCAACCCCUUCUAAGAAAUCGCCUCGCAAGCCCCGCUCGCCUCGCUCCGCCCGCAAGAAUGGCUCCCCCAAGAAGGCCAUCAAGGCCUAA